UGUUUUUAAUAGUUAAUUUUUUAAUCGUUCUAUUUCAUCCUUAUAGUCGAAAGUAACUGAUGAAUUAAACCUAUAAAUUUAUUUGUUAUCAUUUUACUUAAUUUGAUUCGAAGAUGGCCGGCUUUGUAACAUGCGGACCAAACGAAGCUUUGGUUGUGUCAGGAUGUUGCCACACUAAUCCUUUGAUGGUACCUGGUGGAAGGGUUUUUGUAUGGCCUGUAAUACAAAGAGUUCAAAGAAUAACUCUGAAUACGAUGACUUUAACAAUUGAGAGUCCCAAAGUUUAUACUCAACAAGGGGUGCCAAUAUCUGUUACUGGAAUUGCUCAGGUUAAAAUUCAAGGCCAAAAUGCAGAAAUGUUGAGAGCUGCCUGUGAACAAUUUCUUGGGAAAAAGGAGUCGGAUGUAAUGCAUAUUGCCCGAGAAACUUUGGAGGGACAUCAGAGGGCAAUAAUGGGAACCAUGUCAGUGGAGGAAAUUUAUAAAGACAGAAAGAAGUUUUCAAAGCAAGUAUUUGAAGUGGCUUCUUCUGAUUUAGUAAACAUGGGAAUAACUGUUGUAUCUUACACAAUUAAAGAUAUCAGUGAUGAAGAGGGGUACCUUAAAGCUUUGGGAAUGGCACGAACUGCUGAAGUAAAACGUGAUGCUCGCAUGGGUGAAGCUGAAGCCCGUAGAGAUUCCCAAAUAAAGGAAGCAAUUGCAGAGGAGGAAAGAAUGGCUGCUAGAUAUCUGAAUGAUACUGAAAUUGCCAAAGCUCAAAGAGAUUUUGAAUUAAAAAAAGCUGCAUAUGAUAUGGAAGUAAACACAAAGAAAGCAGAAUCUGAUCUUGCAUAUAACUUGCAAGCUGCCAAAACUAGACAACGUAUCAAGGAAGAACAAAUGCAGGUAAAAGUCAUUGAACGAACUCAAGAUAUACAAGUGCAAGAACAAGAAAUAAUGCGAAAAGAGAGAGAAUUAGAGGCUACCGUUCGUCGACCAGCUGAAGCCGAGAAGUAUAAAUUGGAGAAAUUAGCAGAAGCUAAUAGAAAUAGAGUUAUUAUGGAAGCUGAGGCUGAAGCAGAAGCCAUUCGGUUGAGGGGCGAAGCAGAGGCCUUCGCUGUGGAAGCAAAGGCUAAAGCAGAAGCUGAACAAAUGGCAAAGAAAGCUGAUGCUUUCAAGGAGUACAAAGAUGCAGCCAUGGUGGAUAUGUUCUUGGAAACCUUGCCAAAGGUUGCUGCAGAAAUUUCUGCUCCACUCUCUCAAUGCCGAAAGGUGACGAUGGUUUCAUCUGGGAAAGGUGAUAUAGGAGCAAGUAAAUUGACUGGAGAAGUUUUGGACAUUAUUUCUAAAGUGCCACAAGUAGUGAGCCAACUUACUGGUGUUAACAUCACCCAUAAAGCAGGACAAUUCUAGAAAUUCAUUAAUACAAGUGUUAAACUUAAAACACAAGCAUGAAACUUGCUCAGGCAGCUAUGUGAAAAUACAUAGAAAAAAUUUGUUCUUCAAAGGAGAUCUGGAAAAUUAUUUUUGACAGUUUGACUUGCCUGUGUAUCGUGCAUGCUAUACUUUUUGUAUAUAUUUUAUCAAGAGACAUUAUUGUCUUUUACAUUAUUAAAUAUCUUUUUCACUCUACUAUUUUUCUUGUUGUUGCUGUUUUCAUCAUCUUGACAUUGAUGUAUUUACCAGAUGCUUAACAUGUAAAGUUUUGUACGUAUAUUUUGUGCCUUUCUCGUGUGAUUUAAUUUUUAUAUACUUUUUGCUUUGAAAUACAUUUUCAUCCUCUUCAUUACCAUAUAGUACCAAAUAUUGUCACAUGCUCAUACCUUCACUUUAAUUUCCCAAAUGCUGGAAUUAUAAAAUAACUUAUGUAGUUUUUUCUAUAAUAUGAGGAUUUCUCAAUUGUUAUCAAUGCUCAAAAGUUUCAUUUUGGGAAAAGACAUGCCUUAUUUCAUUAGACUAGUAUAGAUUUUUUUGAAAUAUUAUAAUUUUACCUGUAAUAUAAAUUUUUUGACUCAUUUUCCACUUAUUGUAAAACUCCAUGCCUUAAGUGGCUCGAUCCUCUUUUCAGUAUUUUUUCUCCAAAGUAUUUUGGAAAAUUAAAAAUCCAAUUUUAAAUCUUUUAAGAGAUUGAGCUUUUGAAGUUAUGAAUUGUAGUAAAUUAUGUCAAAUCAUUUUUGGUUGUUACUUUUUUUUAAGGAACAAUUUUCAGCUUUGGGUUUGUAAAGAGCAGUAAUACAUGCAGAAAAUUUUUAUAUCAUAUUGUGAUCCCUAUUAUUCUGUCCCUGUCAUAUAUGAUUUCGAAUGUUAUUCAAAAUGACUGUGCUAAAGUUUGGAAUAGUGUGAAUUGUUUACUUCAUUGUGAUUUAAAAAGGUUUUUUUUUUUUGCAGAGUUUUCAAUUUUCCGACCAGUAUAAUGAAAAUAUACUUCAAAUAAUAAUAAUAAUUAGCUUAUAUUUAGUGUAUAAUUUUUAGUUGCAAUUCGAAACAAGUAAGUGUUGGUUAUAACAAAUGUUAUUUUUGAUUUGCAAAACAUAGUUCCUUUUUAUAUUUUAGUUUUAAGUUUUAAGCGGUAAGUUAGUGUUUUAAUGUAAAGCGCACUAGUUAUCUAGUCAAGUGAAAAAGUUGUUAAUUAAUAUAAUUUUAUUUUGGAAUAUUUUUACUUUCUGUUUAAAUGUAUUUUUAUUUGAUAUUUUAUUUCUUUUGUUUUUGUUCAUUAUUUUUAGAUUUGUUUUUUUUUUUUUUUUUGGUUUUUGCAUUGGAGGGAAAAUAUUUAUUUCAAUAUUUAAUAUGCUUUUAAACUUAAUUACAAUGUUUAAUUAUUUUAAUCUUCAAAUUUUAAAGGUGCCAUACAUUUUUGAAGAAAACACUCGUAUUAUGUGCAUGCAAUGUGUGUGUGUUUUUUUCUGAAAAAUGCUUAAAGUAAUUUUGUUUUUUAUUGAUGUGUCUUUUAUUUUAUAACAUUUGCUAUUUUUUUUAUCAAGAGCUGUCUUCACAAUUUUACAUGCAUUUGCUAAUGUAUGAAGAAAUUAGCUACAUAAAUUAAGAUGCAGCUGUUGUAUGCAAAGCUACAUCUCAGCUAGAUGUAGAUAUAUGCAUUCUUUGACCCUGACAAAUGAUGGAAAAAAUGAGAGAAAAAGUGAGGAUAGCACUAAGCAUAUUAUUUUUGUAUGCUUUUUAAUACGUAUUUUUUGUUAAUACAUAUAAUAUUUGUUGUUUUAUUUCAAUUUUUAUUGUUGCAUUUAGUAACAUUGUUUCUGUAUGUUGUAGUUAUAUUAUUUGAAAUGGAAUCUUUAAAAAGAAAGUUCAGUUCCCAGAACCUGAAGCAGAGAAAAUUGCUAUAUUUCUCUCCUUCCCCAACAACUGAUAUAAGACUCUAUACACUUCAUCUUUCAUGAUUAAAUACUUAACGAUAUGGAAAAUUGCAUAUUAUAUUCACAGAUUUAGCAUCAGUAUAAUGUUUGAAAGAUUGAAUUUAAAAAAUG